AUGGAUCGAUGGCCAGGCUUUCGGCCAUUCACGGUGGUACGGUAUAUCUGCCCCGUAUCGUUAUCGUUAACAAGAAGCAGACCUGGAAGUUCGUUGAAAUCAUCGUUUCUGGCGGUAAGUAGAGUGGGAUGCAUGGAUAUUUUCACUUUUCGGUUUUUUACUUUUUUAUUCUUUAAACUUUUCCUCCAUUCUGUUUGUGCUUUGCUUCGUUCAUUUUUCUUCUUCGUGUCCUUUCUUCACGAAUUUAUAUUCUUUCUUUCUUUUUUUGUUUAUUGCUAUGUGAUUUUUGCUUUUUUCUUUUGUCUUUUUUGUACUUUCUUCUUUAGUAUCCGACUUUCUUUCUUUCUUUCUUUCUUUCUUUCUUUCUUUCUUUCUUUGUGGUUUUUGUUCCUUUCUUUUUACCUCCUAUUCUUUCUCCUUUUGGAUCUUUCCUUCUUACUGUUUCUUUUUUUCCUUUUUCGUUGCUGUUUCUUUCUUUUCCCCACCUAUUCUUUCUCUUUUUUGGAUUUAUCCAUCUUUCUUUUUUUCCCUUCUUACUUUUCGUUGUUGUUUCUUUCUGUUUCCUUCUUAUUCUUCACCUUUGGGAUUUUUACUUCUUUUUUUCUUUCUUUCUUUCUUUCUUUCUUAUUUUUUUUCUUUCUUUCUUUCUUUCUUUCUUUCUUUCUUUCUUUCUUUCUUUCUUUCUUUCGUUGUGUUUUUUCCCUUCUGUGGCUUUUUCUUCUCUUUCUACUUAUUCCUUCUAUUUUUGGAAUUUUCUUUGUUUCUUUCUUUUUUGAAACACCAGUUCCCGUAAGAUCACCGAAGGUAGGCAACGUUGAGCUUGGUCAAAUCUUUUUUUCACUUUUGUAUUUUUCGCUUUUGUUUCUCCCCCUUCCUUCUGUUUUCGUAUUUUCUUUCUUUUUUCCUUUCUUUUCUUUUUUUUUUCAUUUCGCUUCGUUAUCUUUUCGUGUUUUCUUUCUUUUUUUCUUUCUUUUUACUAAAUAUUAUUUCUCUUUUUCUUUGAUGUUUUUGUUUCUUUCUUUUUCUGUACUCUCUGUUUUAGGAUCUUUCUUUCUUUGUCGAUUUUAUUUCUUUCUUUUUAUUUUCCGUUUGUUCUCCCCUAGAAUUUCUUUUUCUUUCUUUUUGUUUAUUCUUUCUGUUCUUUCUUACUUCUAA